UGGUUUCAUUGUGGGUUGUUUCACAUCUCACUGUCCAGAAUUACUGGUUUUCUUCUGAUUGAAUUGUCCACCAUUAAUAUUUUCCAUUUUUUUUGUUGCCCCACACCAUCAUUUAUUACAUCUUUUAUUUUGGCUAAUAAGUUAUUUCCCCUGAUCUAACUAAAUGUUUUGCCUUUUUCUGAUAGGCCCAGAUUUUUCCCAGAAAUCCAAUUCCUUUUGUGGAGCAAAUCACCAUUGGAUUCCUUUCCUCCUCCUCCUCUUCCUCCCCAAUUUUGAUUAUUUAGGGAGGUGGUUUUGUUUGAUUCUCUUCGGUUACCUCUGCUCUGACAUAUCUGCUCCCUGCACUUGCAUCCAUGGGAACUGUUAUUAUAGGUCUUGCAGUAUACAAUUCCUGUCUGCCACUUAACCAGUAGAUAGUAAUAAUUCAGAUCCAAAUUCCAAGAUCUGUUGUAGAAAAUCAGGACUUCUUUGGCAUCUAUGUCGAACACUUUCCUGAAAGGACAAAACGAGGAUAGUAGAAAUUAAAAGGAAAGAUUUCAUUCAAUUGCUGUGCAUUCACUUAUGAUUUUGGGGAUUGAGUCUGGUGUAGAUUUCCCAUAAUUUGGUAGAUUUCCUAUUCUGCGUCCCCUUUCAAGCUAUCUAUCUCCCUGUAGAUGAAACCCUUCUGGGCAGAUUUGAACCAGGCUAGAUGACCACAGAUGAGACGGGCAGUAGCUCCUUGUGGAGUAGGGAGCAGGAGAAAGCGUUCGAGAAUGCUCUGGCAAUUCAUCCUGAGGACUCCGAGGAUCGGUGGGAGAAGAUUGCAGCGGACGUACCAGGGAAAUCUCUAGCAGAGGUUAAACAUCAUUUUGAGCUUUUACUUGAAGAUAUUAGCGGGAUUGAAUCUGGCCGUAUUCCUCUGCCUACUUAUGCUUCUUCUUCAGAGGGUUCAACAGACCAGUCAGUCGAGGCUGGGGCUGGUAAAAAGGGAAACCAUCAUGGCCAAUAUCAGAAUGAAUCUAAUCAUGGAGGGAAGUCAUCAAGGUCUGAUCAAGAACGACGCAAGGGAAUAGCUUGGACAGAGGAAGAACACAGGUUAUUUCUUCUUGGAUUGGAUAAAUAUGGAAAAGGUGAUUGGCGGAGUAUAUCUCGAAACUUUGUGGUGUCAAGAACACCUACACAGGUGGCCAGUCAUGCACAAAAAUAUUUUAUUCGCCUGAACUCAAUGAACAAAGACAGGAGAAGAUCAAGUAUCCAUGAUAUUACUAGUGUGGGGAAUGUAGACAUAUCAACACCUCAAGGUCCAAUCACUGGUCAAACAAAUGGAUCUAGUGCAGGAGCUUCUGGUAAAUCCUCCAAAAUCCCACCUCAGGCCCCAGCUGGUGCCCCUGGAGUUGGUGUAUAUGGAACUACCAUCGGCCAACCUGUUGGAGGACCCCUCGUUUCAGCAGUUGGCACUCCUGUAAAUCUUCCUGGCCCUCCACACAUGGCAUAUGGUGUGCGACCUCCAGUUCCUGGACCUAUUGUUCCUGGUGCUCCAAUGAACCUGGCUCCCAUGACAUACCCAAUGCCACAUACAUCUGCGCAUAGGUGAUUGCAUUUUCAGUCCCCCAGUGUAUAACAGAAAGAGAAUAGACAGCUCGUGAUGGGUCCUCCGCGUAGGGAAGAACAGGGUAACCAAAAGUUUCAAGCCAAAGGUUAUCUAAUGCCAUUGUGAGUGUGUUCGUAGUCUAGGCUUAGGAAUGAGUUUUGCCAAUUCUUAUUGUGUUGAAAUGAGCCAUAGGGAAAAGGAAUUAUAUGUACAUUUAUAGGCAAAAAUGUGGAAGUAAGCAGCAGCCUUAGUGGGUAGAGAGCAGUUUCUUACUGUUUCUUUUGUUCAUUACCAUUAUAUUAGUGUUAGGUGCUAAGACAGAGCAAGGUGUAAAAUACUCGAUUCAUAUUUGACUCAUUCCAGUGGUGUAAGAGCACAUAUGUGCCUUGCUUUGCAAA